UGCUCGUCGCUUCCGGCUGUCAGGCUCCCGGGACGGCGCUGCCCUGCCGCGAUGCACCCGCGCCGGCCCGACGGCUUCGACGGCCUGGGCUACCGGGGCGAGCCGGGCUACGGCGGCGCCUUCGUGGCCAGGCCCUUCGGGAGCGCGUCGGACCUGGGCCACUGGGUGACGCCGCCGCCCGACAUCCCGGGGAGCCGCAACCUGCACUGGGCCGACAAGAGCCCGCCGGGCGCGCCCCCGUCCCCGCCACGCGCUCCCCCCGAGCCCGCCCCCGGACACGCGCGCGCGCAGAGCAGCGAACAGUUGAAUAGAUUUGCUGGAUUUGGUAUUGGACUUGCCAGUCUCUUUACAGAAAAUGUACUGGCCCAUCCUUGCAUUGUUCUACGCCGCCAGUGUCAGGUUAAUUACCAUGCUCGAUAUUAUCACCUCACUCCAUUUACAGUCAUAAAUAUUAUGUACAGCUUCAACAAAACUCAGGGACCACGAGCCCUGUGGAAAGGAAUGGGAAGUACAUUUAUUGUCCAGGGGGUCACACUUGGAGCAGAGGGACUAAUCAGUGAAUUCACACCUUUGCCAAGGGAGGUUUCACAUAAAUGGAAUCUCACACAAAUAGCAGAACACCUUUUACUAAAGUCCCUAACUUAUAUGGUGGCAAUGCCCUUUUAUUCAGCAAGUCUAAUUGAAACCGUACAGAGUGAGAUCAUUCGAGAUAACACUGGAAUUUUGGAGUGUGUCAGAGAAGGUCUUGGAAGAGUGUUGGGCUUGGGAGUGCCUCACAGCAAACGACUACUUCCUCUUCUUUCCUUGAUCUUCCCUACCGUGCUGCAUGGGGUUCUUCAUUACAUCAUCAGUUCACUCAUUCAGAAGUUGGUCCUACUAAUUCUAAAGAGAAAGACUUACAGUAGCCACUUAGCUGAGAGCACUAGUCCUGUACAGUGUAUGUUGGAUGCUUAUUUUCCAGAACUUAUUGCUAACUUUGCUGCCAGUCUGUGCUCUGACAUUAUACUUUACCCAUUGGAAACAGUCUUGCACCGCCUUCACAUUCAAGGAACACGCACAAUAAUUGACAAUACAGACCUUGGCUAUGAGGUGCUUCCAAUCAACACACAGUAUGAGGGCAUGAGGGACUGUAUCAACACCAUCAGGCAGGAGGAGGGAGUGUUUGGUUUCUAUAAAGGUUUCGGUGCUCUCAUAAUACAGUACACAUUGCAUGCAGCUGUGUUACAGAUUACCAAAAUUAUCUAUGCUGCAAUUCUUCAAAAUAGCAUUUGAAAUAGAGGCUCCACAUUAUUCUAAGAGACAUAACCUGGAUACCUUAUUAUGGAAUUAUGAGGGAUGAAAGUAAAAUACUGGCUGAAAGAAUUAUUAGAAAAUGAGAUUAACUUUUAAAGAUGCUUACUAUAUUGAUAGGGAUUCAUAUAUAUUUGGACAAAAUACUCCUAAUUUGGAAACCACAUUUAGCAUUUAUGCUGAGCUAAAAAUAAUUUGAGGCAAAGUAUUUGUCAUCAAGUUUGAAAAAAAAGUCAUAAAGUCGAAUUUAUUCCAUUCAACUUUCAUACAAUUUACAAUUAGUGGACCUUGUAGGAUUAUAGUGGCAUAUCAUAUCAUCCUUAAUAUAGUUUAUGGUAUCAGGGGAUCAGUUUUACCUUAGAUACAUAAAUACGUGGUCUGUGAUAAAGACUAGAAGUAUUAGAUUUGGUCAUCUUUAAGCAGGAAUUGGAGAUUUAAAUUCCAUUGUCUUGUAGAACUUUUAGUGUGUAAAUUUAUUAAGUCUCCACAUCAUGGACUUCAUCUCUACAUAUUUGUACUCAAAUAGGUUUAUUACAUAGAAUGAAAUUUUGCCUAAAUAUCAGAGUAAAACAUUAAAAGUGAAGGUCCCCAAAUACCUAAAAGUCAACACCAUUUUUUUGUCCAUAAUCAAACCCAGCAUCUUAAUGCCAGUAACUUCAAAUUGAUAAUACUUUUAUAAAGUUUGAUUUACCUGCCUAGUUACAUGAAUCAUCAGACUGUUUUUAGAGCUACUCUGAGACUACAAUCAUGAUAACGUUAUUGUUACCAGAGUUACAGUGCGUGUGCUAAAAGAAAUGUCACUUGCCUUUCUUUAUGAAUUAUUUGUCUUAAGAGAGACAAUUAAAAUCCACCUGGAAAUUUGUACUUCUUGCCUUGUCAUCAUUAAAUAAUGGCUUUAAUUUUUAUUUUCUCCAAGUUUUUCUUUAAAGCUUUCUUCUUCUAAUUUGAUAUCCUUAAGGGGAAAAGCAAAUACACCCAUACCACCUUUUAUUGAAACAGGUCAGGAUAUAUACUUGUUUCUAUGUUCUAAGGGAAAAAAAAAUAUGAACCUUAAAGGAAAUUUGUCCUUAAUUUUUUACUGUUUUUGUUUUGUUUUUAAAUAGAGGAAGAAAAGAAGCAAAAGUAAAAUUGUUGAUCAGUAUAAUCCAAAAAAAAUUUAAAAACCCAAACUACAAAUCAGUUGAAUCUGGUAGGAAGACCGUUAGUAUAAGUGAGGUGAUAAGCAUUUGGCUGAUCUGUCAUUAAACAUUUUAAAACGUAAUUUGUUCAUGGAAGUGAUGAGUUUUACUAUAAUCAUUUGGAAUAUAAGUGCAGUGGCCUUGUAUUGACACAACAUAGAAUACACACAAGCAGGUUUGCUUGGAUUACUGAAUGUCACAAUUACUUUUGUGAUCAAUAUUCUUGGGAACAAAACCAGAGUAUCUGAAAAGUAUGAGACAAUUUGGCGUGCGUGUGUGUGUGUGUGUGUGUGUGUGUAUGUGUGUGUGUGUGUGUUUCCAGUUAUUGAAAUACAAAAGUUUUCCCACUUUUAAAUUCCACAAAGAUUAUGGCUUACCUUGACCAAGUUAUAUCAUUUAAAUUAUGUUAGUUGCUUUUCAAUAGCUAAUUUUAGAUGUUUGUAGUAUAUUCAAUUUUGUUACCACCUUUUAUCUUUAUCAUAACCAAAUAAAUUUAUUUCAGACAAUAGUAAACCAGAAAAUUUCAAGUUUCAGAAACUUUCUAGAAUAGACUAUCAGGUAUUACUGGUGCAAACCUGUGGAUCUUUUAAAAAUUAACUGGAUUAUAUUGGUGGAGGUUAACAUGAAUAUUCAGUUAUAAGUUUUUAUAUUAUAGAGUUAAUACAUGAUUGGUUAACUGAACUGCAUACAAAUGAGAAUGGUCUUUUCUGUCUCUUUGGAGAAAGGCUACAAAUUGAGUUUAACAUGGAAAAGUGGCAAGUAAAACACUAUUUUUUACUCUCUUUCCAAAUUAGCUGGGAUAUAAGCAUCAUAAGAACUCUCUUAAGGGCUAGAGAGAUAGUACAGGGCACAAGGUGCCUGCCUGCCUCCCACGCAGCCAGCCUUGCACCCGAGUGCUUCUAUAGCAAACCCUGAUCACAGAGCCAAAUGGAAGUCCGGAACACCAGCGGGAGUGGCACAGCAGAAAACGUACUUAAAUGCUCACCAAAGACGUGAACAGAGUUUGGAAACGAGAAUGCUUUCUGCAGCAGCACAAAGUGUCUCUCGCUAGCUGGGCACAAAUGCUUAAAUAUUUCUCUACUCAUCUGCACAGAAAACAGUUUACUGCUUGAAACACCUUCUUCAGCUAAGAUUUUGGAGGAUAUUUACCCUCAGUUUGUUACUCCAAUGCUUGAAAAUAGUCACCAGGUUUAAAUGAAUUAUUUUUGUUCAUAUUCAGAAGCAAAUAAAAUCCCCUUGGUAGAAACUCAUGUUACACUCAAAUUUGAAUGAUAACUUUGGCUUCUGUUUCUCUCAUGCUCCAAUAUAAACUGGAUGUACAGUGUCUUUUCUUUUUGGUUAUUGAUUAUCACUAUUGAUAGAAACAAACUGUAUAGUCAAAUAGCAAAAACUUGUAAUUUGACAAUAAAUAUUAGAAAAUAUUUCAUCAGCUGUAAAAUUUUGUGUGUGUGGUGGUGAUGAAGUCUUGCUGUUGUCACUGUUUUCAGUAGAUUGUGUAAUAUGAAAAUAUUCAAUAAAAUUGAAAUAAAAC